AGGAAGCUGGGAAUCUCAUGUCUUUGGAAAGGCAAUCACCUAGGCUGUCCCCUCUCCACCCACUGCUUGCAUCCUUCAUCUCUCCUCCCCUCUCUGGGGUGACAGUAGGAGUUGCACUUACACGAUGUGUUGGGGGCUGGUCAUAACAAUCCGGUAUAACACCCUUUUUUCUGUCUUUGUCCACAGCAGCUGGUGAACAUGGCAGAACAGCCAGUGUGUGCAGCACAGGUGAACAGCUGCCCUGCCAGUCAGAACAGCUGCAGCGGAGCACUAGGGAGUUGUGGUGGCAGCAGCAGCAGUGUGCCCGUUCUAUUCUGCUUCUCCGUGUUUGCCCGGCCUUCUUCUGUGCCACACGGCACCGGCUAUGAAGUCUUGAUCCAGAAGUUCCUCAACCUGUACGGGGAUCAGAUCGACAUGCAUCGGAAGUUUGUUGUGCAGCUCUUCGCUGAGGAAUGGGGGCAGUACAUCGACCUACCCAAAGGCUUUGUGGUCAGCGACAGGUGUAAAGUCCGCCUGGUACCACUGCAAAUUCAGCUGACAACACUUGGGAAUCUUACACCUGCUAGUACUGUGUUUUUCUGCUGUGACAUGCAAGAGAGAUUCCGCCCUGCUAUCAAGUAUUUUGGAGAUAUAAUAAGUGUGGGCCAGAGAUUGCUGCAAGGUGCACGCAUUUUAGGAAUUCCUGUUAUUGUCACAGAACAGUAUCCAAAAGGGCUUGGAAGCACAGUACAGGAGCUUGAUCUAACUGGUGUGAAACUUGUCGUCCCAAAAACAAAGUUCUCCAUGGUCUUGCCUGAAGUUGAAGCAGCGUUGGCUGAAAUUCCUGGAGUUCGUAGUGUUGUAUUAUUUGGAGUUGAGACUCAUGUUUGUAUUCAGCAAACAGCAUUGGACUUAAUUGGACGAGGAGUAGAGGUUCAUAUUGUAGCAGAUGCCUCUUCGUCACGAAGCAUGAUGGACAGAAUGUUUGCCUUGGAGCGCCUGGCAGGAAAUGGAAUUAUAAUCACCACCAGCGAGGCUGUUCUUUUGCAGCUGGUAGGGGAUAAGGACCAUCCCAAAUUUAAGGAAAUUCAAAACCUUAUCAAAGCAAGUGCUCCCGAGUCAGGACUCCUCUCCAAAGUGUAACUGCAAACAAAGAGGCAAUACAAUUGGAAUCAGUGUCCUUAUGGACUUCACCAGUUCCAUUUAACUGCAACACCCGCAUGAGGUUUUUUUUUUUGCAGUAAACUAAUACCGACUUCAAUAUCUUCAUGGGCACAUACGUUAAUGAAAUGAUUGUUUGCCUGUAUGUAAUAUGAAGUGAAUAAUUUGUAUGUGUAGCUUCAUAAAGGUGUUUUUUUCUCUUAGUAAAGAGAGUCAGGGCGUUGGAUUAACGUGGUGCGAUGUGUGUGUCUCAAUGCUUGAAGAAUGUUUUCUGUUCUACUCUGGUAUCAAUAUUUAUUUCAACAUAAAAUAAGGUUGAUUGACAAAAAUAGGUGAA